UCCGGCCUGUCUGCAAAGGUGGGCCAGUGUUGUCUCAGAAAUGCAUCAGGGAGAGCACACAUUCCCACCCAAUCCAUAUCACGUUACUUGUCCUCUGCCUCUGUCCUUUGGUCCAUGGAGUGCAGACUUUCAGGGAGAGAUGCCUCUGGGCUGAGUCCCUCAUGUGUCCACAGGUUCUGCCAGAAAUCAGCUCCAGAAUGGGCUCCUCUCCAGGGAGGCAGCGUCCUGCCAGGACCUUGCUCCAGUGGGCGUUUCCAUGGGGUCACAACUUCCUUAAGGACACAUCCACCUGCUGCGGCUUUGGACCUUUCAUGGGAUGGAUUUCUGCUCCACCACAGACCUUCACCAGCUGUAGGGGGACAGCCUUCCUCACCAUGGUCUUCAUCACAGGCUGCAGAAAUAUUCGUGCUCUGGUGCCUGCAGCAGCUCCUCUCCCUCCCUCCUCACUGACCUUCCUGACUGCACAGGUGUUUCUCUCACAGGGUCUCUGUCCUUGUUUCCCGCUGAUAUUGCACAAGUGUUUCUCUGCCUUUUCAAUCUUUGCCGGCACAGAUGCUCUCUCAGUCAAGCAAGGAGCCCAGGCUCUUGAGGCCAGCAGAGCCCUCUGCCUCUUGUGCCCCUUGUCCGUCCUUACAAACACAUGCUCCGAAGGACAAAUCUGAAAGCCCCAGGUGCCAGUGGAGGGGGAACGGGAAGGAGGAGAUGGUGGAGGAGAAGGGAGAAAAUAAUCUGCCGGUGCUGUGCUCGCCGGGACAAAGGGCUCGGGGUCUGCGCGCUUGGCCCCGCUGUCUCCGAGGCCACAGUUCCGAGCGCCGCCCCGCAGCCCCCGCGCUCGCCUCCGCUCCGUUCCCUGGCGGGACUGGGCGAGAGCCCGAGCGGCAGCGGCGCAGGGCUGAGCCCCGGGGCGGAGCUGGCGGCGGCCCAGAGGAGGCGGCACGGCCGCAGCAGAGCCGGGGCUCAGGGGCACAGCGAGGCUCGGCCGGCGGAGCGGCGCCAUGCGGCGGGCUCGGGCCGCGGGGCUGCCGGCGCUGGCCGCGCUGCUGCUCGUGGCUGCGGCCAGAGCUCAAGUGCAGCAGGAGCCCUUCCUGGAGACCACCGAGGGCACCGGCAUCAACAUCACCUGCUCACACGCCAAUAUCCGGACUGGCGAUUUCAUCUACUUCUACCGUCAGCUGCCGGGCCAAAGCCCCGAACUCCUAGCCAUGACUGCUAAAGCCUCCAAGGAGGUGCGAGCCCCUGAAGGGCGUCUGACGGUGCCGGUAGAUCGGCGUUCCAGCGCGCUGUGGCUGGCUGCGCCCCGGCGCGGGGACGCGGCCGUGUAUUACUGCGCGCUGGGGACCCGGGCAGAGGAGCCGGGGCUGCGGCCGGGCACGAACCGCCGCGGGCGGGGCCGGGCGGGGCCAGCAGGGGCUGCUCCGCUCCCGGCUGACGCCGCUCGGCGGGGCACGGACCGAGCCGCGCCUGGAACCCGCGCCACCCCGAACGGGAACCACCACGGGCCCCGCACACGGCCUGGCCUCCUGCCAGAGACACCUCCGAGCACAAGGAUGCUGCCCUGCAAGGCGUACGAAACAAUUCUGCUGCAGACGAACAUUUCAGCAGCGGUUGAGGCACUCAGGGAAGGGAUUUCUGAGCCUAUGGGCAGCCAAAGGAAAGCUCAGGAGACGUUGGCUCGUGGAUCGGUGAGGAAGGGAACCUGCUGA